AUGACAGGCUCCAAGUCCUGCCAUCGACAGGAAAGACGUCAAAGUAGUGUCAUCGUCACCGGAGAUGUACCCUACAACCCCAUCACAUACAUGAUAUGUGUUCUGGUGAGACCCCAGUCAACGACAGACGACGUCGUGCUCAGCCGUGUUCCGGGUUUGCCGCCCCUGUUUGAGCAGCACCAUGAGCGCUGCUACCAUGACAACCUCUCUGGACGCUUGUCCCACGAUGUGCGGACAUCGGCCGCAUAUCAAGCAGAGAGUGUCUUGGCACAGGUCGAUGGUCCGUCAUUGGCAGAAGGUUCCCUGGCGCAGACACUCACAAGCCAGAAGAAGCACGACGUGAUGCUGUCCUGCGCAUGA